AUGCUCUCCUCAUGGCUGAGCAAAAAGUCCAACAACACACAAGCUCUCAGCCAACCAGAUCAAAUAUCUAAAGCCUCCCGCUCGACAGUGGAACUAACAGGACAUUCAUCACAAUCUGCAAUUCCCAUCACAGACGAUGAUCACAACGAUGUCCACGAACACAUCUGGGAUCCCAGCACAUACUCUACCCAAACUGAACAGGACGUCCUCAGACCAAACCCAUCAGCUACUAGUACAUCAAGCGACGUGAAGUCGUUGGGACAAUCAACCGAGCCAGUAAAGUUUCUGACACCGCAUGAUGACAUUCUCGCCGAACUCCAGGGAUACUUGCCCUCGAGCGGUCCUCAGGCUGCAGAGCGGUCAUCUCUACGACCGGAUGCUCCCCAAGGAUCUUCCCUCAAUCUUUCCUCAAGCGCUGCCGAGAACUCAUUGUUCACAUCCGACUCUUCGCCCAAUCAUGAACCAGCUAGGGAGGUCAUGUAUGAACCGUUCACCGGUCAGAAAUUAUCUGACUAUGUACCAAUGCCGGUGCGGUCGGGUGCUGACGAUGAACUAUGGUCCCAUCUAUCGCAUAUUCUGGAGCUCCAGAGCGAGAUUUCAAAGAUGCAUGUUGAUAUGGAGAAUGUCGGUUUGCGGACUGCGCGGGGUCAUAACGUACCUGAGCGCGGUGGAAAGGCUGGCACCACCAGGAAGGAGACCGGGAAGAAUAGGAGAAGUGAUACACUCGGAGAAGAGGAAGAUGACAAUGAGAGUGAUGAAGCGACCGAAGGAGAAGAUUCGGAUGACAACGACGAGGUGUUUGGGAAGAGAAAACGGGAUGAAGAAUUCACAGGACUGGCGGAGCGGUUUGCGGAGAGAAAGGUUUCCAUCGACGCUGUCAUGAAUAAGUUGGGCGACCUUUCGAGCACGCUCAAGGCCUUUCAUGCGUUACCCAUUCCAGUACUCGAUAUUGCAUCCACUCGUACCAACACCAUGUCUUCCGAUGCUUCACUAAGCACCGAUCGCGGUACUGGUGUGACCUCUGCGGUUACCUCGACGACAUCAGCUCCCCCUCGCAUGUCAGUACAAGUAACGACGAUCAUAGAUGACUCGCAACACGUGGAUAGCCCAGUGGACGUACAUUUCGCACAAUCCAUUCUCGAUCGCAAUGUCGGGAAGAAGUAA